CUCUACAUCACUCCUCCAUGGAGGAUUCAUCAAACUCUCACAACACUCUUUAUAUUGUCGAGCCUCAGAAUGAAGUGCAGCAGCGUCCUGGCAUGGAGAGGCCUUCAGGGGCCGCAGCAGCCGACUCCUCGGCCCGCACCUUCUCCCAGGUGGUGUUCAACGACAUCCCGCACUCAUACUCCCCCUCCACCUCCAUCUGCUGCUGCUACACCCUCACUGCUGCCUUCCAGCCUCACCCCAGGGACUGGGUGGGCAUCUUCAAGGUGGGCUGGAACUCAGCUAAGGAUUAUCACACCUUCGUGUGGGUGGAGCCGUGUCUGGAUGUGGGGGGACAGGGGUCAGUGACCAGGCAGACGGUUUUUAAGGAUUACUACCUGCCCAAGGACGAGAUCGAGUUCUACCAGUUCUGCUACAUCGACAGCACGGGUCAGGUGCGAGGAGCCAGCACUCCCUUCUGCUUCAAAAACCCAGAGGAGCAGAGCUUGAACUCCAGACUGGAUGAUGACAUCCUGGUUGUUACAACACAGGAACAGGUGGAACAGAGCGUCCGCGAGAGAGACGAGCUGCAGAAGGAGUUGGAUCAAAUUCGGCAGGAAAACCAAACCUUGAAAAGUGCUUUAGAGAAGGAAAGACAAGGCGCUGCCGUCUCAAAAGAGCAGAAUGAACAGCAAGAGAAGGAGAGAGAGAACAGUCACCUGGUGGGAGAAAUGGAUCAAAUCAAGGAAGAAAAUGGAAACUUAAAAAGCAUCUUACAGCAGCAAAUUCAGGAAAUGGACCUUUUAAAGGAGGAGCUGUUGGCCCAGACGACAAAGCUACUGGAGCUCGAGCAGCGCAGAGCCGCAACUGAAAGUGAGACACGCACUCAGGAGAAAUACGAUCGAGCUGUGAUGAAGAUCAACCAGAUGAAAGACGAGCACAAGGAGCUGAAGGGGACGAUUGAUGCCCAAAGUCAGGAAAUCGACAAGCUGAGCUGCAAACUCAGAGAAGGAGAACGGGAGCUGUUAAAAACCAAAGACAGCAUCCAGCUUCUGCAGGUGGAUCUCCAGAGCAGCGAGAAAAAGAACCAGAGGCUCGCCGCGGAGUUGCAGAGCAUCACACACGACAGGGAGGACAUGAAGAGAGUGAACCAGGAGUUAUGUCAGAGGCUGUCGCAGCAGGAGGCGCAGCAGGAGUCGCAGCAGGAGUCACCAGAUGAUCUCAGCGCUACCGUGCGUCCUCUUCAGGAGCGGUGUCAGGCGCUCACCAGCCAGCUGCAGAACACUCAGGCGACGCUGGCGACCGAGAGGGACGAGACCAGAAACGCCAAGAGACAAGUUGAGGCUCUGAGGGAGAAAGUGAUGAAGGACGAGAAGCAGCUGGAGACCAUGGUCAUGAAAUGUGAGGAGGAACAACGGAAAAGCAACAAAUUCGAGCUGCAGCUCAGAGAGGCGCUGGAAGCACAUGCAGAUAAAGACGACAUCAUAGAAGAGAAGGAGCACAUGAUAAAGCUCGUGAGACACGAGAACGAAGAGCUCACCAGAGAAAACAACAAUCUCAGGAGCAACAUGGAGGGCCUGCGCACAGCCUAUGCCGACUUCCACGCAGCCCCCGCCGCCGACUCACCAAAGGUAGGGCCGGACUCCACCUCUCCAGCUGGAAACACUUCAACCGCCCCCGCACCGGGUCCGGAGGAGCACAUGUACGAAACCAUAGAUGACGUUGCAGAACCAGAGGAGUCGCUGGUGUGUCGUCACUGCCACGAGAGCUUCCCUGGCAUCACCCGAGGUGAACUGGAGCAGCACGAGGACAGUCACAGAGUGUGUCCCUUCUGCACGGUGAUCUGCGACAACAUGGAGCAGUCCGUGUUCGAGGAUCACGUCUACAGCCACGAGCUGUGAGAUCUGCACCGGGGCCGACACUGUGGUGGCUUAUGGUUAUUAUUUUACAAAUACUGCCAGUUAGGUGGUCAUGGUUAAAAGACUAUAGUGGUAUUUUUAGUUUAAAGUCAUUUACUGCCAAUUAUAGUUAACUUUAAAACUGCUGCUGCAUUUUAAAUCUUUCUUUUAAAUCUGAAGCGUAAAUUCCAAAGACUUUUAAAGUUUCCUAAAGGAGCCGAUUUGUUCUCUGUCGGUUCACAGCCACAGUUAUUUCGGUACAAUUUGAUCUUUUAAUUGCUUGAUUUUUAAAAAGGUCUAAAGUGAAUUAUAACACAAUUGUGCAUUUUAUUUUACACUUAAGCUAAUAUGACGCCUCCAGAGUUUCUGUAUCGAUGAACCUGUAUCUCAAAGGUCCACUGUGUAAGAUUUAGGUGAAAGGACCGAUUGAUGUCUGUGUUUGGAAGGAGAGGGUGAGGUGAGAUACUAGAUAUCACUAAAUUCUACACACUGUACUUUUAAAUAGAAAUGAAUGAGUCUCGUUGGACUCCUGGAGGUUUGACAAAUGUAAAACCUCAAGAAAACCUUUGGAAAAUAAUGAGCAGUGAGGUAAACAUGAUUUAUGGUGAAUGGGCAAAAACACACUGAAGAAAAUCACGUGAUCCUUAAAAAAAUAUAUUUUUUUCGCUAUUAUUCCAUUGAAGCUUUGCACUUUGCAUCAGAUCUGUUGAUUCGAGUGUUCAUUUGAAUCUGUUGUUAAAAUAAACUUGACAGGAUGAAGUGUUGUAGUCGAAGAGACUGAACAAUAGAACCAGUGAAUUUGUGCCAAUGACCAUUAGCACGUGGAAAAUGGUCCCGCUGAUUUAAUAAAAUCUUGGUUCGACUUGUGUAAUAAAGUUGAUGUUGUCUUUUCUGUCGGAGUAAAAGUUUCUUUGUGCAAAGGUAAACAGUUAAAUGUGCAAUGAGAGUGACUGACCACCGACCA